UCCCGCCGCACCGCAGGCCGCCCGGACCGCCCUGCCCGAGGCACCUUCCGGCGGCCCCCGCGCGGAGCCCUGGGCCCGCCUGCGGCCCCGCGGCCCCGCGGCCCCUGUCCGGCGGAAGCCCGCGUUCGCGCAGGAGGUCCCCGGGCCCCUGGCCCUUAGGCCCAGUGUGGAGACGAUGCCAAAGCUGCAGGGCUUCGAGUUCUGGAGCCGCACCCUCGGGGGGGCCCGCCACGUGGUGGCCCCCAUGGUGGACCAGAGCGAGCUGGCCUGGAGGCUGCUGAGCCGCCGGCACGGCGCCCAGCUCUGCUACACCCCCAUGCUGCACGCCCAGGUCUUCGUCCGCGACGCCAACUACCGGAAGGAGAACCUGUACUGCGAGGUGUGCCCUGAGGACCGACCCCUCAUCGUGCAGUUCUGUGCCAAUGACCCAGAGGUGUUUGUCCAGGCGGCUCUCCUGGCUCAAGAUUACUGUGAUGCCAUCGACCUGAAUCUGGGUUGCCCACAGAUGAUAGCCAAGCGAGGUCACUACGGUGCCUUCCUGCAGGAGGAGUGGGGCCUGCUGCAGAGAAUGAUUCUGCUGGCCCAUGAGAAACUCUCUGUCCCCAUCACAUGCAAAAUCCGGGUCUUCCCAGAGAUUGACAAGACCGUGAGGUAUGCCCAGAUGCUGGAGCAGGCUGGCUGCCAGCUGCUGACUGUGCACGGGCGCACCAAGGAGCAGAAGGGGCCCACGUCGGGCGCCGCGUCCUGGGAGCACAUCAAGGCUGUGCGGCAGGCAGUGGCUAUCCCCGUGUUUGCCAAUGGGAACAUCCAGUGUCUGCGGGACGUGGAGCGCUGCAUCCAGGACACGGGCGUGCAGGGCGUCAUGAGUGCGGAGGGCAACCUGCACAACCCAGCCCUGUUUGAGGGCCGCAGCCCCGCCGUCUGGGAGCUGGCCGAGGAGUACCUGGACAUUGUGCGCCAGCACCCCUGCCCUCUGUCCUAUGUCCGGGCACACCUCUUCAAGCUCUGGCACCACACGCUGCAGGUGCACCAGCAUCUCCGAGAGGAGCUUGCCAAGGUGAAGACCCUGGAAGCUGUGGCCGCUGUGAGCCAGGAGCUAAGGCUGCGGUGUCAGGAGGAUAUGUCCAGGCAGGACGGAAAGAAGCCCUCGGAUAGCUUGCCUUUCUUCCACUGGGUCUGCCAGCCCUACUCCCGGCCAGGGCCCAGGCAGGGGAACCAGGACAGCGGGGCUGCCCGCAGCAAGCGGGCCCUGGAGGACGAGGGCAGGACGGACGCCCUGUCCAAGAACAAGCAGCGGAAGCAGCUGAGGAACCCCCGCAAGACCUUUGACCCCACGCUGAAGCCAAAAUAUGCAAAGUGUGACCAGUGUGGAAACCCAAAGGGUAACCGGUGUGUGUUUAACCUGUGCCGGGGCUGCUGUAAGAAACGAGCUUUUAAAGAGACUGCCGACUGCCCAGGUCAUGGACUACUUUUUAAAACCAAAUUGGAGAAGUCUCUGGCCUGGAAGGGGACUCAGCCCCAGCUGCAGGAGCCUCAGCCAGCCAGUCCUGGGGAGCCAGGUGGCUUUCCUGAGAUCCUGGGCAGUGCCUAGCCUGAAGGGCAGCCAGAGCCCAACAUGCUGCCCCUGGGACCCCAGGACUGCUCAGGCCUGGACACAUCCACUAAGGAAAUGCCUCUACUCAGGGAAUCUCCUGCUACUUAACAAAGGAUGAGCUGGUCUCCCCCCAGCCUCGCUGGGGGCCCGAGAACGCUGCACCUGGAGCCGCCUCCCAGGCCGGACCUGCUCCUCCUCAAAACUUGUGUUCAAACAUGAACAAUAAAUCACUUCAAAGAUG